AUGCUAAUUGACGAAGGAAGUCAAGUCAGCUAUAUUGGAUCCAGAACGGUGAACAUAACGGGUUCGAAAUCAAAAGGCACAGAACAUGUCAAAAAUAUCUUACUGGGUGGAUAUGUGACGGAGCUACAUGAAGAAAGCUUGAGAGAAGUGAUUGUGAAGAAUAUGCUGGGGACCAUCGAGAAGACAUGGAUUCUAAGGGAAAAGCCAAUUGUGUGUACUUCGCUGCCGAGAAUUCCUAAAGGACCAUGGGUGGACCAGCUUAAAGCAAAAGGAAUAACUUUGUCAGAUUUGGACACAGUUAAUGUCGACCAGUGUGACGUUGAAAUCCUCAUUGGCUCAGAUUUGCGAGGACAAGUUAUGACUGGAAGACGAAGCAAUUUGGGAGAUGAUCUCUAUGCAGAGGAAACGAUCUUCGGAUGGGCGUUGGGUGGACCUCUCAAGUCGAAUAAGUCACACCACUCCAAUACCGUGAUUUCUCUGUUCCAGAGUCAACUUAAUGUUCAAGACAUGUGGUCAUUGGACAGUUUGGGAAUUCAGGAUCCAAUUCAAGUGAAGACAAAGCUCCAAGAAGAGGAAGAAGCCAAAACCCACUUCAAAAAUAAUGUGUCAAGAAAUGAAGAUGGGCGGUAUUCUGUUGGAUUACCUUGGAUCGAAAACAGACCUGAAUUACCUGUCAAUAAAUUCGUUGCUGAGAAGAGACUUCAGUCAACAACUAGGAAAUUAAAAGAUCAAAGUGCAGUGGACAUGUACAGCAGUGUGUUCCGGGGGUGGGAGGAUGAGCAAAUAGUGGAACCAGUCAAGAUUGAAUUUAAAGAGGAUCAAGCUGGUCAUUACCUACCGCACCGCCCAGUGUUCAAGCCCGAGAGUCAAACGACACCUGUUCGUCCUGUCUUUGAUGCAAGUUGCAAGAGUGUUGGGAAACCGUCUUUAAAUGACUGCUUAUAUAAAGGUCCCAACUUAAUUGAGCUCAUUCCAUCCGUUUUGCAUAGAUUCAGAGAAAGAAGAUUUGGAGUGGUGUCGGACAUCCGGAAAGCCUUCCAGAUGAUUGAGGUGCGAGAGGAGGACAGAGACUAUCAAAAAUUCCUGUGGUGGGAGGAUCAAGUCCAGAACACUGUGAAACCCUUACGUCAUACGCGGGCCGUGUUUGGAUUGACCUGCAGCCCUUUCCUUCUCGGAGCGGUGUUGGAGCUGCAUUUGUCCCAUGUGAAGCAAGAAUAUGAAGCUGUGGCUCGAAAACUGCUCCAAUCAAUGUACGUGGACAACAGCGUGACCUCAUUCAAUACUAUGCAAGAGUACGAAGAUUUUCGCAAGAUUUCAACAGAUAUUUUGGCCGAGGCGAAAAUGGAUCUUCGUCAGUGGGAAUGUAGCGGUGUCAAUAUUGAACAAGAGGCAAUAACUGGUGUACUAGGAUUAGUGUGGGAUCGACAUGAUGACACUUUAUCCUGUGACGUGCAGCCUGUUAUUGUCGAUGGACCAGUUACUAAGAGGAAAAUAUUAUCUGUCGUGGCGAAAUUGUUCGACCCCAUAGGAUUCACGUGCCCUGCCACUCUUCAACCAAAGUUGAUGCUACAGGAGAUGUGGCGAACCGACAAGGGAUGGGACGAUGAGGUGGAGGAAGAACAAGUUUCAAAAUUUAUGAAGUGGUGCCAAGAAAUUUAUCUCUUGUCAAAAAUCAAGAUUCCAAGGAGGAUGAUGCUGCGGGCUGAAUCAAGUGGUACUCAGUUACAUUUAUUCACGGACGCGAGUAGCUACGCCUAUGCAGCAGUUAUCUACAUUCGAAGUGAACGAGGACCGGAAGUCAGUGUGCAACUCGUUCAAGCCAAAGCCCGUGUAGCUCCUUUGAAAGGAGGAACAAUUCCCAGGCUCGAGUUGAUGGGAUGCUUAAUUGGAGUCCGGUUAUUGAAUAUGGUGCGUGACUCUCUUGAUAUUCGAAUUGAUCGAGAGUUUCACUGGACGGACUCCACUACAGCUCUUGCCUGGAUUCAGAGAGGGGAAGAGUGGGGGACUUUUGUGGCGAAUCGGGUCAAGGAAAUAAGAAGUUCGACCUCGGUUUCAAAUUGGAGGCAUGUCCCUGGCGUACUCAACCCUGCAGAUCUUCCGUCGCGUGGUUGCCCUCCAAAUGAAUUACUUGAGUCGAAAUGGUGGGAGGGCGUGAACUGGUUGAAGCGACCUGAAGAAGAAUGGCCAUCCAACAAAUGUGAAGUUGAUGAAGAUGAGGUACGAAAAGAAGGCAAAGGACGGAAAAGGACAAUAAUGCAAGUAUUCAGAGAAAAGUCCUGGUUCCACUGCAAAUUCUCCUCAUUUCACAAGACCGUUAGAGUGAUGGGAUGGAUUUUAAGAUUCGUGACCAACUGCAACAAGGACAAAACCAAACACGUGAAAGGAUCAAGGUUAAGUCACAGUGAAUUCAAAGUUGCAGAGCACCAGAUUCUCCACGGUAUUCAGAAAGAGUGUCUUCGUUCUGAUGUCACUGAAUUAAAGAAGAAACUUUCCGUGGUGGAGAAAAAUGGAUUACUUUGUGUGAAGACUCGACUACUAAACAAGGAGGACACUGAUUGCUUUCGAUGGCCCGUAAUUCUCCCCAGUGACCAUUAUCUAGUGAAGAUGAUGAUAACAGAUUUGCAUAAGUUAUAUUCUCAUCCUGGAGCACAAUUUCUGCUGUGCAAAUUAAGAGAGCGAUUUUGGAUCCUGGGAGGAAGGAAAGCAAUGAAGAGAAUUAUUAGAGCAUGUCCAAAUUGUCGUAGAAAUGAUGUGAGACCUUUAUGUGUGGAACCUUCUGCACUCCCAACUAAUCGUGUGACACCCGGCGAAGUGUACGAGACAACCGGAGUAGACCUGGCUGGCCCCGUGAUUCUGAAAGACGGAAGCAAAAUGUGGAUUGUGCUUUUUACUUGCUCCGUCUACCGGUGCGUUGCGUUUGAUGUGGUGUCAUCUCUAAGUACGGAAGCAUUUAUGGGAGCGAUGCAGCGGUUCAUCAAUAUUUAUGGACGUCCCCGAACCUUCUGCAGUGACAAUGGGACUAAUUUUGUGGGUGUAGCAAAUUUGCUGAAGACGCUGGAUUGGGAGGAAAUUCUCCAGAAGUGUGACGUGUCAGCGAUCAAAUGGACUUUGAAUCCUCCUUCUGCACCGUGGUGGGGAGGAUGGUGGGAGCGUCUGGUGCGAUCCAUGAAGAAUCAAUUACGUCGUAUGUUGGGAAAGGCUAAAUUGACGUGUGAAGAGCUGCGCACCAGUUUAUCAGCAGUUCAAGCAACCAUCAAUGACCGACCGCUGACCGUGUUAACUGAAGAUUCUGGUGACCUAAUUCCUUUGACUCCAUCCAUGUUUCUUCAUCCCAGUAGGAGUGCCCAUUUCCCAGAAGGAGUUAUAGUCUGUCAAAGUGGACUUGAAGGGAAUUAUAAGAAGAUGCAAGUUGUUCAAGGUCAACUCCAACAACGAUUAAGGACCGAGUACUUGGCUCAAUUAGUGCAACGAGGGAAUGAGACCAAGGGUGCUAAUCUGAAGAUUGGAGAUGUGGUUCUAAUAGGAGCAGAAAACAAGAAGAGGUACGAGUGGCCAAUCGGACGUAUUGUGGAAAUCAUUAGAGGACGUGACGGUCACUGCAGAGUCGCCAAAGUGCAAACCGCCCACGACUAUGAAUUAAAGACGGAGAAGUCCGGCCAGUACACAGUGACGAAGGUGAAGAAGGGACACGUGUUGACAAGACCCCUCCAACGCUUGUACCCAAUGGAAAUCUCUUCAUCGACGGAUCUACCAGAGGUGGAGGUGGCUAAAAUUCGGGAAAAAGUCAGCGAGCCCCAAUGUCAAGAUUUUAGCCCCAUUCAAGAUGUGCCCCACGUGAAGCAUACUCGUUUUGGGAGACAAAUCAAGAGCCCAACGCGACUUUUAUACUGGAAUUAUGAGUACAGUGUUAAUAAUGAUGUUAUGUAA